AUGCCUCGGGGUCAGAAGAGUAAGCUCCGUGCCCGUGAGAAACGCCGUCAGGCUCGAGAAGAAAACAAGGAUGUCAAGGGUGCUCAAGCCACUGUAGUGGAGCAAGAAAAGUCCAUCUCUCCCUCGUCUCCACAUUACAAAGAAAAUCCGCAGAGUUCAUCUGCUGCUGGAACAGCCAGCGAUCAGCAAAAGCCAGGGAAAGGCCCAUCCAGCACUGCUGCUGCAGCAGCUGCUUCCUCCACAAGAUCUAAUGAAGGUGCCACCAGCCAAGUUGAGGAAAAGCCAAAUGCCUCACAGGCCCAGGCUUCCACUGAGCACAAGCAGCAAGACCUUGUAGAAAAUAAGGCGAUAAUGCUGGUCCGUUAUCUGCUGUUCAAGUAUCAAAUGAAAGAGCCCAUUACAAAGGUAGAUAUGCUGAGAAAUGUGAUCAAAACGGAUAAGAACCACUUCCCUGAGAUCCUUAGUAGAGCCUCUAGGCACCUGGAGCUCGUCUUUGGCCUUGACAUGAAAGAAGUCGAUCCCAACAGGAGCCUCUAUGUCCUUGUCAACAAAUUGGAAAGAAGCUGUCAUGGAAGAGUGAAUGACAACACAGGCAUGGCCAAGACUGGCCUGCUGAUGACUGUUCUGGCUGUGAUCUUCUCGAAGGGCAAUUGCGCCACUGAGGAGCAAAUCUGGGAAGUGCUAAAUGAGAUGGGAAUAUAUGAUGGGGAGGAGCAUGUCAUCUAUGGGGAACCCAGGAAGCUAUUCACCGAAGAUAUGGUAAAAGAAAAGUACCUAGAAUAUCGUCAGGCACCCAACAGUGAUCCUCCAAGCUAUGAAUUCCUGUGGGGUCCAAGAGCCUAUGCUGAAACCAGCAAGAUGAAAGUUCUUGAGUUUUUCGCUAAGAUCCAUCACUCUGUCCCUAGUGCCUUCCCACCCUUGUAUGAAGAGGCUCUGAGAGAUGAAGAGGAGCGAGCCCGAGCUAGAGUUGCAGCUAGGGCUCAUCCUGCUGCCAUGGCCAGUGCUCAUUCUAGGGCCGUUUCCAGCAGCUUUUCCUGCCCCAAGUGA